GUUGAAACUAGCUUAAUCAGGAAACUAAUGCAAGUUCCAGGACCCGAAUAGGUUUUAAGCCCUAAUAGAAUUGGGAAAUUUCAGAAAUCCCAGAAAACCCCACUCAUCCAAAAACCUCACUCAUCCAAAAAAAACCUCACUCACUUAAACCCAGAAAUCAAUAGAAUUCAUCAAUGGCGGACGUCAAGAAUUCCGCUGAACCCACAUUUCACACCAAGCGUAUCCCCGAUUCAACCACCCAAGAUUCCACCAAUGAACCCAAGAAGCAGAAACUCGAUAACCCAGAAAACAAUCUCGACAACAAUGGAAUUCAACCUCAACAAAACGACGACGUACAGAAAGAAAAGCAACAAGUAGAGGAAGAAGAAGAACAAGAAGAACCCUCCAGUGGCAAAGCUGUAAUUGACAGAAAAGGAAAGGGUAUUCUCAUAGAAGAAGAUGAUGAAGAAGAUGAGGAUGUAGAUGAUUCAGAUGAUGAUUCUGAUUCUGAUUCUGAUGAUUCUGUAAUUGGUGAUGAUGAAGAAGACAGUGAUUUUGCCGAUGAUCCUCUUGCUGAAGUUGAUCUUGAUAACAUUCUUCCUUCACGAACUCGACGAAAAGUAAUUCAUCCUGGUGUUUAUCUUCGUAAUGAUAUUCCUCAAGAUGAUGAUUCUGAUGAUGAUAUUGAUGAUCCUGAUGCUUAGAAUUUUCUCAGGCCCUUAUCAGUGAAGAAUUAAGCUGUUAAUUGUCCAGUGAGGAUGGUGAUAUAGUACUAUUCUUGGCAUCACACCCUGUCUGCCUUCUGCAGAUUUCUUUUGUUAGGUCAAUAUCCCACUUGUUCUCUUUGUCUGGAACUUGUAAAGAACCAUUUGAUACACUCCCUUUGUUCUCAACUUAUAGGCCACUUUUUUUAUCCUGGAUUUCCUAAAAUAUUAGGCCACUUUCUAAAUUUAGUAAAUUUAACCUUUAACUUGAUCGUAUCACGUACUUUUAACGAAUAUCUCUAAUGGAAGACUUCUUGCAACAUGGUAAAGAUCUGAAAUCUUACAUUGAAAAGGAGAGUCGAGGAAUCCAUUUCAAUUCGAUCAAUUCUACUCCCGAGUGACUCUCAAUCAAAUGUGUGUGAUUCUAUAUCAGCAUUAUCUGUAUGUAGACUAGAAAAUUUCUUGCUGUCUACCUCCCAUCAUCAUCAAGGGCUUGUUUGACGUAAUUUUCGAUGUAAUACUUAUAGUUAAAGCUUGACAUGAGGCUUGUCUGUCUUUUCUUUGGUUGAGGAAGAAUGCUUCAUUGUGUCAUUUUUCUUGUCUCCUUUGUGUGCUUUCUACAUCUUGCAGCAGCUUCAGUUUACAUCUUGCCAUGCGCAGUACAUUUUAUUUAUUUGUCUUGUUCUAUCCUAAUGAAGUGUUCUUUUUUGGCA